AUCACAAAAAGUGGUUUUGUUUGGGGAUCCCAUUUGCUAUUUGCCACAAGUGGGGCUUGGAAUUUGGGACCUCACCAUUCUUGUUCAAACUUUGGAGAUACAAAGGGGUCCUCUCCAAAUGCCGAGAUCGUCUUGGAACUGCUGCAAUCAUCACUGUCACGAGGGGAUAGCUGAGGUUGCCGCCGCUUGCGGCUAGAUCUUGGUCGAUCCGCCUCGCCUCAGAUCCGAAUCGUCGUUCUGCCUCGCCUAGAUAAUCCAAAAGAAAGAUUUAGAGAGGGAUGGUACAAUAACCAUCGGACCUGAUGCUCCGAAGAUGAGACGGAAAAUCCGGAUAUGUUACAAGCAUUAGUCUUCUAUAAAAAAAACCCCAGAUACAAGUCGCGACCGGAUCUACCCAAGUCAGAUCUCUAUGCCGAGCUUCACAGCCGGAUGUCCUUUAUCGCUCCUUGGUGCUGUGUUGGUGAUCGGAUUUUGCAAUGAUUUGAGGAGGAGCAGAUCUGGGGGACAACCUCGCUGGAUUCCGUUGUAGGUCGCCCCAGCGCUGACCGCCGUCGGGGUCCCAUACCGCCGCCGUGGAGAUCACGUUUGUCUCCUUGUCUGCUGUGGUUCAAGGUGCCGAUUUAGAUCCGGAAUAGCAAUUGCAUCGAAGGCGUGGGGCUUCGCAUGCAGUCAGUCACGCCACCCAGGGCUCACAGCCGCUGUGAGGGCGACCAAGCCCGCCACUGGUUCAAAAAGGAGGAGAGAGAUCGAGGCACGCUGUUCGCCGUCGUCUACGAACCGCCUCAGCCUCCUCUCGUCAAAGCUGCCGCUGGUCGCCUCAUCAUUGACCGCCGCGAGUCGCUUCACGGAGCUCAUCUCCGAUGGAGACCACACCCCGGUUCGGCUUUCUGGACUUAUGAGCCAAUUAAAGUCGGAUGUUGAAGGAGAACCAGAGAUAUGGAGUAUUUGCCACUAGUUGGAGCACCCUAUGCUACCGGUCAUACUCACCGUUGGCUGCCCCUGUUCGCCUCGUGGUUGAACGCUGCACUCACCUCACAGAUAACCACCGUAGCUCGCCUCAAGGCUGAUCGCCGUUGGUCACUUUAUGGCUGACCGCCGCUGAUCAUUGAGUGAGCACCUGGGUCGCAAGGCCUCCAAUCACAAUCGCCAGAUUCCUCCAUUGUGCAAGGUUAAGCUCCGGGCCAUUUACCAAAUUUGGGCCUAAUACACCAUGUUUCUUUGUAAAAAGCCCGAUAGUGGCAAACGAAAUAAAAAAAUGAAAUUUACCUAAAUAGGACUAAACAUAAUGAUUUUUCCAAUAAAGGACCAUAUGUUUU